CCCCAUUUUGUUUACUGUGACGACGGCACGCACGGUUUUGGGCUUUUGGCUUGCUUGAGCAGCAUGCCGCGCCGUGCCGGGCCCAUGCGUAGCGGUCCCGCCUCCCGGCCCGGCUGGCGGCCCAAAGAUCAGGCGCCGUGCCGUCGACCGACGCGACCCAACGCGCUCAUCAAUGCGAGAUUUCUUUGCAUUGGAACUGUGCAUAGAAAAGGGGGUCCUGCGAUUUGGUCAUAAUUUUGGAGUUAACGGUAUCAGGAAUAUAGAUAAAUCUUGAUAAAGAUGACUGAUGUUGUUGCUGUGUGGAGUGUUUCCCUUAGUGAUGGAAUACACAAGGUCCAGUUUGAGCAUGGGACUACAAGUGGAAAGAGAGUCAUUUAUGUAGAUAACAAGAGGUGAAGGCGAGACUUAGGGCUCCAAAUGUCGUCCAUCGUCUGUCGUCCGUCCGUCACAAACCUAAUGACACAUAACUCCACAACCCUAAGUCGCUUUUCAACCAAACUUGGAUGGGAGAUGGACUUGGGGGACCUGCAUGUUAUGCUGCAGUCGGAGGUCAUUUUCAGGUCAACGUUAAAGUUUACAUGCAGGUCAACUUUCAAGUUUACAUGCAAGACUCUCUUAUGACACCUAACUCCGCAACCGUAAGUCACCUUUCAACCAAACUUGGAUGGUAGAUGGACUUGAGGGACCUGCAUGUUAUGCUGCAGUCAGAGGUCACAUGGAGAUAAGCAGGAAGAAUUGGAUGUUCAAGCUUGUCGGCAGGGAAGUAUUCAGCAUAAGCGGGACCAGGGCAGUUAUUAAUAUAGAUGCAUGCAGUGGAUUUGCAUAUGAGUACCAGUUAGAAGUUGGAGGCAAAAGCUUAGAGAAGUUUGUUGAGCAGAGAAGCAGAACCUGCAAAGUCUGGACACCAACCAUAGAUGGAGUUGGACAUAGGAUAGUUCUUGAGAAAGAUUCCAUGGAUGUUUGGUGUGAUGGUUGUGUUCUAGAAACAGCAGGUGAAUUUGUGGAUGAUGGUACAGAGACUCAUUUUGAGCUAGGCGGACAUGCUUGUUGCAUCAAAGCAGUUAGCAGUGGAAAGAGGAGAGAAGGCAUCGUCCAUUCUCUCAUCAUUGAUGAUAGGGAAGUCCCCCAAACAAUGGAAUGAUGUCAUUGGAUCAUCCAUCAAUGCAAAAAAGGAUAGUACUUUUGUAGGUAUGAACUGUGAGCAGUACGGAAAUGAUCCCAUAGAAACAGAGUGUUCAUUCUGCUGGCAAGGAUAACAAAGGAAAACAAGCAUCAUGAGGGAAAUUCUUGAGAUUGUUUUGUGCUCAACAUUUGUCAACAAAAGAAGAAAAAGCAACCAAGUGACCAAACCUUUCAAAUUGUAAAUUAGUGUAUGUAUUACAUACAAUGCUGUUUUUCAGUCAGAAUGUAUUCUAGCAAUGUUACUGUACAUAAGUCAAAUUAUAGCUUGAUAAUUAUACCCAAAAGUGUGGGGGUGGGGGGUAUAGAAGUACAUUGGCCAAUUAUCUGAGGGCAUGUUGCAAGAAAAAUUGUUUGCAAUAUACUGCAAUUUUUUCAUUAAAAUUGAUGAGAUUUGAUCAUAGUAAAUCAAUUAGAGUUUCUGUUGCAAGAAGGAGACAAGCAAUCAAUUGCAAGAUAUUCGAUUCAAUUUUUGAUGAGCAUGUAAAAUUGAUCUGUAAGUGAUUGCAGGUUGUUUUUUUGUUUUUUUUGGGGGGUGUAAUUAUCCUUCAGUCUUAUACAUGUAGUUUCUCAUCACUUUAUGUGGGAAAUGGGCAAAGAGAAACGAGAAGUAUAGAUAAAGACAAUCAGUUUACCACUUGUUUACUGUGUCAUUACAGUACUGUAUCAUUACUAUUGCUUCAUGUAUACAUGUCUAUAACAUUGCCAAAAGUGUACAUGCAUAUGUACAUGUACUUAUUAUAUCUACACUUAGUUAAGAAUCAGGUGGCCAAUUUCAUAAAGACCUAGAAUUAUGGUAAAUUUGCCUUUGUGGUAAUUACCAUGGAAACCUUGAUUGUGUUUGGCUACCGUGCCCUGUUACCAUGAUAAUUGCCAUGAGGGUAAAGUUACCAUUGUUGUACUUGUAUAUGUUACUCCUAUAUCAAAUGGGUACCUUCAUAUAUAUAGUAGUGCUCAAACGUCAGUGAAUCUCUCCAGAAAAUGAAGUGUUCAAGUUCUAUCAUGUUUUAGAUAAUUGUGGAGUCAGAUGAUAAAACAUUACAUUGAAUAAAGUUCAUUGAUGGGCUUGCAGAACAUUAUAGUGUUGUCUACAUUCAACACUCAGCAUGAAGGAGUGCAUUUUGUGGUGGUUUCGCUAAUGUUUGAGCACAGCUGUGAAUUGUCUUGACUAUUGAUUAUCUGUGAUAGUGGAGAUACAAUGUACAUUUAUAAGACCUUCCAUAUUUUGCUUUAAAUGUUUCAUAGACCUUACAAAGGUAGAGAUAUUGCAUGAAAAUUUGGUAGGCUGGAAUUGUGAAUUUACUUUACUUCAUUACACUCAUUUUUGUGGAUAUCAGUUGUUAAUACCCAGUGUCUUACAUAUUUAUGUUACAAGAGUACCAAUUGUAAAAUCAUGGGAUAUAGCUAAAAGGGAUCGUACAUUGUGUCACUUUUGGUUCACUGUCAUGCACAAAUAAAAAGGUUUGCAUCAUAAAACUGACAAUACAUCUAUGUCAGUAUUAUUUUGUUUGAAUCUUAGAUGUUUUUUAUAUUAAAGUAUUAAUGAGUUUAAAGUGAGUAAACGAUAUACAUGUAAUUAUCAGUUUUUUAAGAAAAAAAUAUAAAACACUGCCAUUUAUUGUUAGUGGAUGUCAAAUUUAUGAAUAACAAUAUUUUAAAUAUUUUUCAAUCACUUUACCUUUUGGUAGAAACCCGUAUUUAAAUCUAUGAAUUGAUACAGGAUGAUAAUGAUAUAUAUUUUUAAAAAUUUGUUUGAUUCACUGAGAAUGCAUUUGCAGUGCAUUUAUGUUUUCUUUUACGUGUACGCGUGCAUGUAGUUCAUUGAAUCUAAAUCAAUGCUGCAUAUGAUAAAAUACACUCUAAUGUAAAACUGAACAUUGAGAAUUGAUAAUUUUUGUAUUUCAUUUAGUUGAUCUUUUUUUUCCUUGAGAAAAAAUGUGUUUGGUUGUGUUUGAUAUACUUUGAUAUAGUUAUACUGCCUGAUUCAAAUCUGUGUGAGCUGUAUCACCAAACAUCUUGAAGUUUUCUUCAUUCAGAAUGAUACCCAAUGUGCUAAUUCAUUCGAAGAAGACAUUGCAUUACAUUUUAUAUAACCUUUCCCUAGUCAGCAGGCCUGUGCUCUGUUUUUCUUUCAUUAGUUUGAUUUAUGUCGAUUGCUCUGGAAUGUAAACCCAUGUUAUCUUCUGAACCAGCUUAUUAUUUACUGAUAUUUUUUUCUUUAAAAUGAGUAAAAGAAUUGUUUUGAUAUCCAGAGGUCCAGACAAUGCAUUUUAAUUGUAUUUGUUCUUGCCAUGAUCCCUGUACAGUUUUACUUGAUCAUUAAGAAUAAUAAUCUUUCUUCUUGUUGGCAAAUUUUAUUUGUUUUUAUUUUAUAAUGAGGUUGUAAUAUUCCAAUUAGAUCCCAUCAUUCAUUUCUAUUUAUAAAUGUGUCCAUCCAGCUUAAAAAAAAAUCACAAUAUGCUGGGUUCUCUGCAAUAUAAAGCAGAUUAGUCAUUUGGGCUUUGACAAAAAAAAAGCUUGUAAAGUGAUUUGUUGAAUGAUGCACAAAAGAAAACCCUUGAUGUUUGUGAUUACUGUUUGUUUAUGUUUUUAUCAAAUGUAUUGCAGUGGUCUUUUAUUGUUUUGGAGACAUUUUAUUGCAUCGUGUGUAAACAUAGUUUAAUGAAUCCAUAUUCAUACUCAGGAUAAAUCUAAGUCAUAUUUUUUUUCUGCAGUUUGUGUGGGCCAGUUAGAGCUGCGAGUGACCAGGGAGCCGUUUCAUAAAGAUGUUCGUAAGUUAAGAGCGACUUUAAGAACGACUGGUGAACCUUUCUUACGUGCUUAACCAUCACCAUUGAAUAAACCAUUUUCCACAAGAAAGGAUCACCAGUCGUUCUUAAAGUCGCUCUUAACUUACGAACAGCUUUAUGAAACACUCACCAGGGAACGUAAUUUACAAUAUGAUUCAUUGCCAAUUUUUGGUGUGCCCAAUUUAAUACAACUUCAAAAUAUUGUCAUUUAUAAAUAAAUCAAUAAUUUUUUUUAGUUAAGGACAAGGUACUAUUUUUUAAGAAUAACGUAUUUUUGAAUUAUUUGAAUGAAGAGAUGAGUAUUUUAUCUAUGUUUGUUGUGUUUGAUUUAUUGUUUGCAGUGAAUUCUGCUCUGUAAAUUAUUAUGAUCUUUAAUUUGCACUACUCAGUCUAAUAAUUUGAUGUUCGUGAGAAAGAUAGAGAAAAAAAAUGAUAAUGUAUGAUCUGAUUGGUCGCGCAAUUUUUAAUUUGAUCUCUGCCAACAAGAAAAAUUAUAAUUCUGCCUACUACAUGUUCAGGUUCCACUUUGCCAUGCACUAAAUGUGCCGAUACAUGUACAGUUUAGAAAAUUGUAGAUAGAAUAAGACAUACAAACUAUUUUAAUAAGUUAUGUUUUUAAUUGAUGGAGGGGGUGGGUGGGCUUGAAAGUGAAAAUAUGAAUUAAAGCAAAAUGUUUUAUUUGAUCUGAUGAAUAUUAUUUUUUUGUCAUUUUAGUUGUGACCAAAUAUGUUGAAACAUAUUCAGAUGUUUAAAUAUUGUAGUUGAUUUUAUUUUUCAUUCUACCUUGUAAAUCACCUUGAGUUUUACUGUGAGUUCUGGGCCCUGUGAUAUAAAGAGAUAUAAUCAUUAUCAUGUACAGUCAAUUGUAAUGUUAUUACACAUAGACCUACAAUUUAAUUGUAGAGAUGCUUAUAUCUUUUAUGUUACAGGGUACAUACAUGUAUAUGUAAAGUAUUCAUGAUAAAAUAGUACUAUAUACAUUAUUACACUGUAUCAUGUAAAAAUGUAUUGAAUAUAUUAAAACCUGUAUGAAUACCCAUUGAAUAAAUGAUAUAUGAUGUA